UUGGUAGUGAGGUCGAAUCGGCAGGGAAGCCUAGACGCGCAGCCACGCGCUUCCUCGGGGAAGCACGGAGUGGUGGGUGGUGAGGACGACCACCGCUUUGGGUGCUCGUCCCCUCUCUCUUCGGUUGGCCUUUUUCAUGACUCUCCUCCGACCCGCGAGGCCGAGGAUCAAGAGCGAAGGUCAGAGAGGUGCAAUGGGCCACUUUUGCUCGAAUAUGGUAUCUCUUAGAUGGGAAAAUGCAACCCCCUGGUAAACUUGCUGCUCUAGCAUCAAUAAAACUUCAAGGAUUACAUAAACCUGUAUACCAUCAGCUGAGUGACUGUGGAGAUCAUGUUGUCAUAAUAAACACAAGACACAUUGCAUUUUCUGGAAACAAAUGGGAACAAAAAGUAUACUCUUCACACACUGGCUAUCCAGGUGGAUUUAGACAAGUCACUGCUGCUCAGCUUCACCAGAAAGAUCCAGUAGCAAUUGUAAAAUUAGCUAUUUAUGGCAUGCUGCCAAAAAACCUUCACAGAAGAACAAUGAUGCAAAGGUUGCAUCUUUUUCCAGAUGAGGAUAUUCCAGAAGAUAUUCUUAAGAAUUUAGUGGAAGAGCUUCCUCAGCCUAGGAAAAUUCCAAAACGUCUUGAUGAGUACACCCAGGAAGAAGUGGAGUCUUUCCCGAGAGUGUGGUCCCCACCUGAAGAUUAUCGGAUAUAGAAUGAAAAUUACAGAAAAUACCAUGAAGUGAUUUAGACUGCUUCCUAAUGAGUUUCUCUGCCCUUGAACAGUGAAACAACUUCAGGAAACUGCAAAUAAGACACAUUACUUUAUAGAAUUGUUUCAUUAUAUAAUGAUUGGAAUAAAAUUGCUUAUUUGGA